AUGAAGUACCAAGUUACCAUUGUCGCCCUCGCGGGCCUUGCUGCUGCUCGCGAGUUGCCCUAUUCGCGCAUGGUCAAGCGCGAGGUUCCUCAGGAGCACUCCCACGAGGCCAUCCUCCGCGUCACUCAGACCAACCUACAGCUGAACAAUCCUCUUAAGAUCCAAGAUGCUGUCUUCUCCCUUCUCGGCAACGCUGCGGCUGCUAAGGGAGCCCCCAACGUCGCCAAUCUCGAUUGUCUGCAGCAGAUUGUUGCUGACCAGGCUUUCACCAACGCCAAGGCAGCCGGUGACGUUGAUGGUCAGGCCAACGCCAUCAUGUUCCGUGCCCUCGAGCGAAACACCGGCUCUGUCGGUCUGGCAUCUGUCCUCUGCAACGAGACCGCGACAAACCCUGAGAUCGCUGCCAUCACCCAGCACCAGGACCCUGCCUCUGCUGAGGCUUCGGGCAACAAGCAGAUCGCCCUGGACGUCGCGAAGCAGCUGGCUUCCAUUGGUGCCGACCCCACCCUGGCUAUUCAGACUGGUACUUUCGCGCCGGGACAGAAGGGCGAUACCACUGGCGCCGGCAACACCUGCGACGAUGCCAACGAUGCCGUUGGAUGUAUCAUUUCUCAGAACCUGCUCGUCGCAGAUGUUACCAAGGAUGAGAUCGCUACCGCCGUCGCUGGCGUCUCUGCUGGCGCAGGUGCUGCCUCCUCCAACUCAACGGCCAAUGUGGCGGCAUCCAACAAUGCAGGUGCUUCAAGCAGCUGCACGAAGCGCCGCGCCCGCCGUCAGGCCCAGGGCAACAACGUCCAGACCUUCACAGGCGCCCUCGGCGGAGCCGCCCCAGCUGUCAUCGACUCCGGUGAUUCCAAGCGUCCCUUCUCCGUCAACGGCGAUACAUUUGUGAACCAGGGCGCCGCUGUCCAGCGUAGCUGCGCUGUCCAGCACAACGCCUGCGCUAACGCCGCCAACUCUGGGUCCGGCAACUUCAGCGUCUCCGACUGCGGUGCUCAAGAGGACGCGUGCAACGCCGCCGCCAGCGCCAAGAAGCUGAGGAAGCUCCGCGCCCGCGCGGCCCUUGACUUCGGUUCCUGCUCCAACCCUGCCGUCGAGUUCGCCGCCGGCCUCGACGGGCGCAAGGAGAACUCCUUCGCGCCGGUCGACUCGGCCGACUUCAACCACGGCAGCGCCCUGAACAUCAAGGUCAUCUCCGACUUCAUCUGCGGCCAGCUGCAGUCCAAGUGCAAGGCCUCCGCCGACACCGUCAGCACCUGCGACCAGGCGUCCACCGCCGCCCAGGCUGCGACCGGCCAGGCUGCUGCCGAUGCUUUCAACUCUGCCCUGGGUGUUUCUGCCUAA